UGUGAUGCUCCAAAUUUGCAAAAGAAAGGUUAUGUAUUUUGUAAUAUUUGUAAACAUCACUGAAAAUAUACAAAGAUGACUACACAUUGGGGAGAAAUUGAACCGAAACCUGCGUCUGUUUUUACUAUUCCUGAUAUUACUACCGAAAUAGAAAAGUCGAUGGACAAAUUUUGUUUAUCAGAAUUCGAUGAUGAGGUCGACAGAGAGAAAGUAGAAGAUAUUGUUUUGCCUCCUAUAGAUCCAUUGGUAUCCUACGCGAUUUCUUUACAUAAAUAUGCUAACGAUAUGACUGAAAUGAUAAGAGUGGCAGAAUUAGCGACUGAAAUGAAUCUAAUUCCUCCAGAAGAUGCAGCUCCUCCAAUGCCUCUAAUGCCCGAAGUAGUUUUAAAACAUAAAAGAAACAAACUCAACUUUAUUCCACAAGUUAUGACUCCAUUUACUUCUGGAAAAGAAGUAGAAUUUCCGGAAUUAAGUGAAGCAGUGGUAAAAAAUCUACUAAAGAAAUCUAUUUGUGCCAUGUUUGCUCAUGUAGGAUAUGAAACAACACAUCAGAGUGUUUUGGAUACAAUGACUGAUGUAUUAGAAACUUUCUUGCAAACAUUUUGUCACAAAGUAGUAGAAUAUACGGACAGUAUUGAACAUCAAGAUAUAGGUUUUAGCAGUAUAAUAGAAAAAGUAUUGAUAGAAACUGGAAUGGGUGGGGUUCGAGGACUUCACGAUUAUUAUCAAAAUAGAGUAAUUAGAUAUAUAGAAGUUCUUAAAAAGCGAUGUGUUGAACUUAAUGAACAUUAUGCGGCCCUUCUAAUACCAAAAAGUCCUUGUCCUACAAAUAAAUUCAAUUCAAUUGUUAGAGUAAAAGUUGAAGAGGAUGAAAAUGUAGUUGAGGUAGAAAACCCGGAACUCCAUUUCGCUUCUUUUGAAGGUGAUGCAUCUGUAAUUGAGUCUGGUCUACAAUUGUUGCAUAGUUUGGAAGCAGUAGAAAAUCUACAAAGUUUAGAAAAUGGUACAGAAGAAGUAAUUGCCACAACUUCUAAUAUAGUUACCAUCGCUCCCGAAGGAGAAAUGUGCAAUUUAUUACCUCAACCCAAGAAAAAAAGAUUAUAAGUUUAAAAUUGUUUCCUUGAAGCUGGUUUCAAUACAUUUUGUUGAAAUCGUAGUGACAAGCAAUUGAAUAAUUGAGAUUAUUAAGUUGAAAAUGCAGUUUUUAUAUUAUGUACAGUUUGAUGAAUAAAAUAAAAGUAAAAUCUAUUUAAUUUUAAAUAUAAAUUAAUUUGGGUGAAAGUUGUUAAUCAUUAUGUGUACAUAGGUAUAAGUAAUGAAUUUUCUGUGAAAAUAUAUUAGAAAAGUGGUUAAAUGGCGGCAUAUAUAUUUACUUGGACGUGUAUAAUUCAUGCCAAGUUGCAGAUAGUGGUCGAACAGCUGUUUGUCAGCAGGUUAACGGAACUCCUCGUAGUCGUGUCGAUAAAAAUGGACAUAUGAUUCGAGUUAGGUCGGUGUCAAUUUUUUAUUCAUGAAAGUAAAUCGUGCUGGUAACGACAAACCAUGGGUGAUGAAAUAAAAACUGUAGUUGAAAAUGGUGAUGAGGCACCGAAGUCGGCGAAACAACUUGCCAAAGAAGCCGCCAAACAAGCAAAAUUAGACAAACUAAAACAGAAAUUAGAAAAGCAACAAAAAGCAGUUCCAAAAAAGGAUAAA